ACACGACCCAUCAACCAAAGAACAAAUGAUGAUCAUCACAACAAGAAUCUCUAUUUGAACCCCUCCAAUCCCAUCCAUAGCAAAUCAAGCCCCCAAUAUAUAACCAUAAAUAUACAAAUAAAAUUAGGUGGGAGUAUAUACCUUAAACUCCCCAAUAUGAAGGGUGCGUGGUGUUUGGCAGUGGUGCUGAUGGUGGCAGCGGUGGCAACUACCGCGUGCGCAUCAGUGGUCACGCCCGACAUCCUGAACUUCAUCCAACAAGAAGAGUGGGCCACCCAAAAAAAGGCCAUAUUCGACAUCAGCCAUAAGUAUGUGGAGGGAAUGCCCACGUUCUACGGUGGCCCCCACGGCCUUCAACCAUUCUUUAGAUCUGUGUCAAGCAUAAAAAAUGGGGCUUUCGCUAACCUCAAUGCCUUCACCCUUACCACCCACUCUGGCACCCACGUUGACGCCCCUGGCCACUUCAACCAAACCCUCAUGGAUGAAGGCUUAGACGUCAACUCUCUCGAUCUCCGCACCCUAAAUGGUCCUUGUUUAGUUGUUGACACUCCUCGAGACAAAAAUAUUACUGCCGAGGUGAUGAAAGAAUUGGAUAUACCCAGAGGAGUGAAACGGGUUCUCUUCAAAACGCUUAACACUGAUAGAAAAUUAAUGUACCAAUCAUCGUUUGCAAGUAAUUACACUGGUUUCACCACGGACGGUGCUCAAUAUUUAGUCAACAACACCGACAUCAAACUCGUUGGCAUUGAUUACUUGUCUAUUGCUGUUGGAAUACAGACCGAGCUAACAGGGGUCCACCAGACUUUCUUGAACACUAAGGAUAUAAUACCAUUGGAGGAUGCAAAUUUGGAUGGGGUUGCACCCGGAGUAUACACAAUUCACUGUCUGCUACUAAGGUUGGUGACCUUAGAUGAGUCGCCUGCCCGGUGCAUCUUGACCCAGUAAAUUGGUUGGCGGCGGAUCUAUAUUUAUUUGUAAAUUUAUUAUAUUGUUCUUCAAGUGUAUAUAUAAUUCGGACCGAUUCCGUGGCAACUGGGUUUCAGUGGCCACGAAAGCCACUGUCCCAAUUCAGACACCUACGAUGCUCCGUUUCUAAAAUUGAUGAUUCCUACAACUGCUAACCCCUGAUAAACCCCUCUAUCUAGUUCUGACCCCAACUCAUCCCCCACCUACGUCAAUUGCUUCCCGCAAUUUUAGUUGAGU